AUGAUGGCAUUGAAAACAGAGUCUCUCCGCGCACUACAAAAGUUCGCCUCGUGCGACGUAAGUGACCUUGCCGACAAUGACACUUUGACGGGAACCGUUGCUAACCUCCGGGCCGGUGGACAGAUUGGCGAUGCCCUCGUCCGACUUGGAGUUCCCAACGGUGGUUACCUCCCGGGCCUGAGGAUGUUCUCCCCCGGAGUGAUGUGCACCAAAAGUAGGAUUUUCGGGCCGGCCUACACAGUACGCAUGGUUCGGGAUUCCGACAAGACCUCCCCGAGUCCCCCGACACACUUUGCCGACGCGAUUCCAAAGGGCAGUGUUGUCUUUAUUUCACAACCGAAAGGACUAGUGAGUGCAUGCUGGGGCGGAUUGAUGAGCACAAGGGCGAAGAAGUUGGGUGCCGCCGGGGUUGUGAUUGACGGCCGAUUUCGCGAUCUCGCCGAGCAUCAGGAGCUAGGGGUUGGACUAUUCGCGCGAGAUAUCAGCAUACUAGGCUCGAAUACCUUCACUAGAUCGUCUGAAUUGAACGUACCCGUCACAUACACCAGCACCGAAGGUGGAGAGGCGGUUGUGAUCGAGCCGGGCGACUACAUUGUGGGAGAUGCUGAUGGGGUUGUCGCGGUGCCAGUGGACAAGGUGGAAGGAUGCGUGGAUUUAUGCCAGAGCAGAUACGAUAUAGAUGAGCAGACUCGGGAGUGUCUUGAGAACGGCGAUGAGAUGGGGCCUACCAUCAAGAAGUUGAGGACGUGA